AUGCGCGCGAGUGAAGAAGAGGCCAUCCGAGCACUGGCCCUCAAACGACUGGGUAUCCUUCCGUCUGAACUGGUCAAGCCCGAGCUCGAGUCCUUCACCUCUUCAUCAGAGGCCCCGGGUCUAAAGCCGCGUCCGCCGGCAAAGCCGCAUGCUACCCGAGCGGUAGACGCGGCGCCGAGGCGCGGUCGGAUGCGGGCGUCGCCGCCGCCGGUCUCGUCGACUUCGGCGCCGCCGCCGCUGGUCCGCAUCGCCAAGAUGCCGCCGCAUGCUGCCCGUCAUCACCAGCGCCAGCGCGCCAAGGACAAGCGAGCCGCGCUGGCGGCCGCCCCCGCCGGACUCAACCGCUCGCUCUCGUUGCUUCAGCUCUCGGCGUCAUCGAUCAACCUUUCUGGCUCUCGCUCCGGCGACGACCUCGCCCAGUCGUCGUCUCCGCAGCCGCAGCCGCAGAGCGGGCCCACCGCACCGCCACAGCCUGCCCAGCCGACUGCUCCGCCAUCAGCUGCUGAGCUCGAGGCCGCCCAGCGCGUCCUUGCCUCGGUCCAGCGGCAGGCGCGGUCUGACGCUGUCGAGACUGCACGCAAGGCCAACGAGCGUGCGGUCCAACUCAAGGCCACUGCUCGCUUUGUCCGCUCGCAUGGCCGCGCAGGCGUCUUUGCGCUCGAUCCUCAGCACGAGGCCGAGCUACUCGGCUCGCUCCGCGCCGAAGCCGCCGAGGAGGCCGGCCAGCCCGACUCGGGUGAGCGGCUCCGGCGGAGCCGGGCCCCAUGGCGCGCUCCGCUGCUAGCCCUCCUCGAGGCGCUGGCCAAGUGCAAGGGCAAAGCGCCGGCACGGAGCAAGGUUCUCGACGCCUUUAUCGCCGAAGGCCAUGCCAAGCACUCGGCUGCCGCCGCCGGCAACGCCACCCUCGACUUUGGCCCAAACGUCGACCUCGAGACUGCCCGUGAGCUCAUCCUCACCCGCGACGCGUCCGGUCGCUCGCUCCUCUUCACUCGGGCCGAGCAGAACCAGGCCAAGCGCGCCAAGCGCGAGUAUCACGUCCGUCUCGCCGAGGAGCACCGCAAGCAGCGCGCUCAGGAGCUCAAGGCCCGCAUCGCCGCCGCAGCGCGCCGCGCCGAGGAGCGCCAGGCCGCCAUUGCUCGAGCUCGUGCCCAAGACGCAGCAGACGCUGCACGUGCCAUUGAGGCCAAGCAGCGUCGCGCCGCAAAGUACCGCGCCAAGGCCGAGCGCAUCCUUGCGCGCCGCCGCGAGCGCGUGGUUUCCAAAGAGGAGCGCGAGGCAACUAGGCUGCGCGAGCUCGAGAGCAAGCGCGCCGCUGAGCGCCAAGCCGCUCAGGCGCGCGCCAAGCGCCGCGAGGCUGAGCGCCAGGACCGCCUCGCCGCUGACGCCGCGGCCAAGGAGGCCCAGCGCCGCCAGCGCGAGGCCGCCAAGGCCCAAGCUGCACAGGAAGCCGCCAAGGCUGCCAAAGACGCUGCUGCCCGUGCCCGUCUCGAUCAGCUCGAGCGUGAGCUCGUUGCUGCCGAGCGACAGGCCUGCGUCGAGCGCGCCCGUCGUGCCCAAGAGUGGCGCGCCGAAGAGAUGCGCGCACGCCUUGCUGCGGACGAGGCCAAGCGCGCUGCCCUACUUGCGUCUGCCCGUGCCGCGCGUGUGACCGAUGACCCGGCGGUUGUCCUCGCCGCCGACACCGUCGCUGCUGCUGCCGCUGCGCCGCCGACGCGCCCCCGCCCGCCGUCGGGCCCGCCUCCGCUUCUCGCCCGCCGCCCAGCCCGGCGCAUUCCGCCGCACCCGUCGAUCUUCCGGCUCACCCAGCCGUCGGAGCAUGGUUCGGGCCCGCCGUCGCCAACUGGUACCCCGCCGCCGGCCCUUGUCUCGAUGUUUAAGCCGACGAACACACGGGUUGUCUUUGUCGUCACAGACUCGGAAACCGGCGUCGAGAGCCCAGCCGACCUCACCACCGCCGCUGAUGACCCGGACCGUGCCAUCCUCGUCCUCGACCUUCCGCGAUAUCCGCCCGACCGCGUACCCGGGAUUUCUCAGCCGGCCGCCCCGUCGCCACCGCCGGCCGCCAACCACCACUCACUCCACUCGCUCGGCAAAGUCGACGAGGCCGACCUCAUCGACGAGCUGCAGUUUCCAAUCUCCGACGCCGCUCUGUCCACCGUCGCCGCGAGCAGUCAUUGAACACUCACUCCCGCACC